AGAGACUACAGAGACACGUUUUCUUCUCCUUCUUCUCUGGAGAAAAAUAAUUAACUUCUUCCUUCCUUGUUCCUCAAUUCCAUUUCUGCUCAACCAAACAUCAACUCUUCUGAAUUCUAUAUUACGUUUCCCCCAAAUGGACGAGAAUUUAACCAAUGAAAAACAGUCGUUGCUAGCUCGGAUCCAACACUUGGAACACGAGCGUGAUGAGCUGCGCAAAGACAUUGAGCAGUUGUGUAUUCAGCAAGCAGGCCCAAGCUACCUUGCCGUGGCUACUCGAAUGCAUUUUCAAAGGACAGCUGGCUUGGAGCAGGAGAUCGAUGAUUUGAAAAAGAAGUUAGCUGCUUGCACAAGGGAUAACCAAAAUCUUCAGGAAGAGCUUUCAGAGGCUUAUCGAAUUAAAGGUCAACUGGCAGAUCUACAUGGUACAGAGGCUGCAAAGAAUAUUGAAUUGGAGAAGCAGCUUAAGUUUUUCCAAGGUUGUGUGGCGGCUGCUUUUUCUGAACGGGAUCAGUCGACAAUGGAGGCUGAGAAGGCUAAGGAGAAGGAGGAACUCAUGUCUCAGAAAUUAAUUGAGGUUCAGAACAGGUUAGAAGAGCUCAUGUCAGAUUGUGUUGAGCAGAAUAAACAUAAUGAUGCACUUCAGAUUGAACUUGCAAGGCAUCAAGAGCAAAAUGAUAAUUUAAAGAAAGUCAUUGAUAAGUUUUAUGGGAUCAGGCAGCAAGUUAUUGGGGAAUUGGAGGAUAUAAGUUUGGAAGAUAAAUGUGCUUGCCUCUUGAAUAAUCCUGCAGAAACAUGGACUCUUAAUGAUUUUUCUACAGCCAAAUACAUUAGUUCACUGGAAGAAGAGCUAGAAAGGUUGAGAUGCUCAGUGGAUAAUUUUCAGAACAAAUUACGAGUGGGUUUGGAGAUAGAAAAUCACUUAAAGAAGAGAGUUCGUGAAUUGGAAAAGAAAAGAAGAGCUUCAGACAAUAUGAUGCUAAAGAAAAUUACAGAAUUACGGCACUGCUUUUCUCAGCAUAGGAUUCAAAUCAUAAAUUUGCUUGAAGAAGGAAGAUCCCAUGUCAAAUGGAUUGUUGAUGAUGUGGAAGCAAAAUUUCAGCAGUUCGAGAUGAAAGGGCAGAAUUUGGGGCUUACUCACUGUGAUGUCAAAUUAGCUGAGUACAAACAUCCAGGUGUAAAUUUGGGCAUGACUGACUUAACCGAUGAAGUGGAGAGAAAAGGCAAUGCCUCUGAUGCCCUUUCACAGGCUUUGCAAGAAAAGAAAAAUGUAAAUGCAGCUCUUCAGAAAAAAAUGGAGGAGCUUCAGAGAAAUUUGCUCCAAGUUACGAAUGAAAAGGUGAAGGCUCUCUUGGAGCUGGCACAGUUAAAGGAGAAAUAUCAGUCACUAAAAGAGAAAAUCAGUAAUGCAAUGAAGCAAGGGAACCUUUUGGCUGAAACUGGGGAGAAAAGAAUUGGUACGAAUGAACGACAUGGAAGGCUGAAAAACCUGCUGAAGAAAUCAUAUCUGAGACAUUGGGUUGGUACGUCAGAUAUUGGUGGAAAUGAAACAGAAGCUCAUCCAAGUAAUGAAGGAAAUUUAAGUGGCAGAAGGUCCAGUAGCAUGGAUUUUGCCGGAUUGAAGAUUGAAAAUGCAAUGCUUAAGGAGAGCUUGGAAAGCAUAGAGCACCUUACUUCUUCUGUUCAUAGAUUACGUCUUUCUCUUCUAAAGGUAAAAGAGUCUGUCACUGCAGAAGGUACAGAAACAAGUUUGUUAGAAGCUCUUGAUGAGAUUAUUGAUGAUGUAAAACUUGUGAAGACUGCCCUUGGAAGCUCCCUGCCAGUUAGUUGGUCAGCUGAGGCAGAUGUUGGAUUGACUGGGGAAAAUGCUGGAACUGGGUCCGGUGAUGUCUAUGAAGAUUGCAGCAGUGACAAAAUAGACUCAGUCUCUGCUGCAGGGUUUGAAAUGGUGGAACUUGUAACGUUUGCUGCUCAGAUAUUGAAGGAGAGAACCAUAGCGAUUUCUUGAACAAGAACUGAUCCUUUUUUGGUCUGUUUGUAAACUUGGUUUUGUCAGGUGAGGCAUACGAUGCUGGGCGGAGUGGUAAAUGGGUAAUUGAGUUUGAAGGGUUAAAGAUCGAACUUUCA